AUACUACACUCUCUCUACACUAUACCCACAACCCACUCACUCGCUCGCUCACAGUGCCACAAAGUUGCACACUUUCCCCUCCCCCCUUUUUCCCCAUUCACCUUUUUCUUCACACACAUUGCUACUGCUUUUUCUUUCUUUACUUUGCUGAUUCCCCAAUUCCAUUCCCCAUUCACACAUUUAAAUAAAUUAAACACCACCACCACCACCACAUUAGCCCUUUUCCUCUGCGCGUGAGUGGAACAAAGUACUAUAGAACCAUUAUUAGGGUUUGAAAUGUGGAGGGAGAAUGGAACACACUGAAUCCGAUUCUGCUUCUUCCUCACUUCCCAAUGGCGGUGGUGACUGCAUCACCGCCACCCAACAAGACCCUCAACUUGCUCCUUCUUCCAAUCACGGCACCGACGAUCCUCAGCCGUCAGAUCUCUAUCAAACGGCUCAGGAUGGUUCACUCUCGGCUGAGCUUCAGAGUAAGCUGGAUUUGAAGGGUUUGGAAGGUGUGGGCGAAGAGGGUGGCGAGAUUGGGGAUAAAGUUUCAAACUUUGGCCAAGUUGGUGGUGGUGUUGAUGAUGGGGGUGUUACUAAUGGUGACGAUGAAGUUGUAAAUGGUGGUGAUGAGGGUUUUAAAGGUGGUGGUGCUGAUGGGGAUAACUGGGGGUGGGAGACCAAUAGUUGGGAAGAGGAGAAUGUCAAUGUGGGUCUUGUGGAUGGUGAUUAUGACGGGUUAGUUAAUGGAUAUGUUGAUGCUGAUGGGGGUGAUGAUGUUGAUGGGGUUGAGAAUAGGGAAGAGAAAAGUGGUGGUGGUAGGGCACAACACCAGUACCCUUGGAGGCCUGAUGCUCAGGAUUGUGCAUUUUAUAUGAAGACUGGGAAUUGCAAAUUUGGAAUCAAUUGCAAGUUCAAUCACCCCAUUAAUAGGAGGAAAAACCAGAUGUUUCACUUGAAGGCUGUUAAAGAGCGGCCAGCAGAAAGAGAGGAAGAGCAAGCAGAGAGACCAGGACAGACAGAAUGCAAGUAUUAUUUAAGGUCCGGGGGUUGUAAGUUUGGAAAAGAUUGUAAAUAUAACCAUACAAAAGGAAAAGAUUUAACAACCGAGGAGGUGGCAGAACUCAAUUUUCUCGGUCUGCCUAUUCGUCUGGGAAAGAGAGAAUGUCCUUAUUACAUGCGCACCGGCUCAUGUAAGUUUGGAGCAAACUGCAAGUUUAAUCAUCCUGACCCUACAACUGUUGGAGGUUCUGAAUCAUCUCCAGGGUAUAGUAAUGGAGGAUCUGAUCCUUCUUCACGGUAUAGUAAUGGACGAUCUAAUACUUCUUCAGGGUAUAGUAAUGGAGGAUCUAUUUCAUUACAUGGUGUAUCGCAGCAGUCUGUCUCAACAUGGUCUUCUCCAAGAACAGUAAAUGAAACAUCUCCUUUUGUGCCAAUGAUGCUUUCGCCUCCAAGUCCUGAUUGGAAUGCAUAUCAGGCACCUACCUACCUAUCUGAGAGGAGUAUGCAUCCACCUCCACCAUAUGUCAUGAACAAUCCAGUGAUCGAAACAAAUGUUUAUAUACACCCACAAAAAAGAAUUCAACUUGAUGACUUUCCUGAAAGACCUGGUGAACCUGAAUGCAGCUACUUCCUGAAAACUGGGGAUUGCAAGUUCAAAUCCAAUUGUAAAUUUCACCAUCCAAAGAAUCGGAUAGCAACAUUACCUCCAUGCAACCUCAAUGACAAAGGCCUGCCUCUUAGACCUGACAAGAAUGCCUGCAUGCAUUACACACGAUACGGACUCUGUAAGUUUGGACCGGCUUGUAAGUAUGACCAUCCGAUAAACCCAGUGCCCCCAACUGGUGUUGAAGUUGAUGGGAUGGGUGGAAAUGGAGGUGCUGUUCAGUAACACCUCUAAGCAUCUUUGUCAAGGGACCUUCUUUUUCCUUUGAGCAACUCUUCACUUAGAAGUUGUAGUUUUCUUUAUGAACAUGAUACCCUUCUAAGCUUCUUCCUCUAGUUACAAGCUUUUACGGAUUACCAAUAUAUUUAUACACAUGGCAAACGGAUGUUUUUAUGUAUUUACAAGAAACUUAAACAUUUGUAGUCUCUACUCUCUA